CCCAGACACGGCGGGAUCAUUGUUCUUCUUGCUGCUGCUGCUGCCGCUGCUGCCGUCGUUCGUCACUGCUUUCGCGGAUGAUUCAUACGCCAAUGUUGUGUACCAGUGCCGCUGUUUGGAAACAACAAUUAGCAAAACAAAAUCGAACCCUCGCCCUCUGCUCGGCUUCUGUAUGCCAAGUUGUUUCCUUUACCGAAAUGGUGUUUCUUUGGACAAGUGCCGGGACUCAAAUACACGUUAAAAUAGUCCACAAAUCGGCCAGCGUGCUGCAGCUUUCCGUGGAAAAUGUGGAAGCCCAUCGGCAGCGGCAUACUCUGCUAGUGCUGGAGCUCGGAACUCUUUUCUGCUUUGCAGUUUGUAUGUUUCUUUUCCGACUAAAUGUUCUCCAUGCCCUGUUUGUUCUACCCAUCGGUAUGCUUGUAUAUCUGUACAACAACGUGAUCAAAUCCGAGAGUCUGGUGUUAGUCAAGGAUUUUGCACUACAAUGUUCCACAACAUUUGCGAACGGGGCGGUACGCAACGCUCUCAUACCGAUGGAAUAUGUGCAAGAUAUCGUGAUCAAUGAAGUUUUCUUUAACCUUAAAGUAAUAUUCGUGCUGCAAGUACUUACAAAGGGGCAUUUAUUUCGGAAGAAGCCUGUUAUAACGCUUCUGCAGGUAGAUGCAGCACUUCUAUUGAUCUCCUUAUCUCUCCCACACUCAAAUCCUUUUCUGCCAUUUCCACAGCAACUAAAACCAGCCCUUCCAAGCCUGAAAAUUAUUUACACCGAGCUUCACUCCGUUCUCGAGCUGCAGAAUUGUUGACGAGCCGGUGACGACCAUUGCUGUUCCGUAGGGAGAGCUUGUGCAUUAUGUUUAGUAAAUUGUGCACCUCCUGAACGCCAGCUGCUGCAUCCGGGGCGGGAAAUAUUUGUUUCGGUAUCCGUUCUAUCUUCUUGAAUUCCUGGACAGGCUGUUUCGGCACACACACAUCCGUAUCAUUCUAUGUUUUAAGCAAGCAGGACCAAAGACAAACACAUUCAGGCACAACGAAAUAUGUGCAAUAAAGAUAACGCAUACUUACAAUCA